UGCCGGUGAAAUAGCCACAGACUUAUUUGUUUACUACACCAUCGAUGGUUACACGAAGGAGAAUAGUAGCAUUUGCCGUAUGAAACCAAAUGCUCCUUCACACUUAAGUGUUUUUAUUAAAAAAAAACCCUGUUUGUAAAGCUGAAUAUGUAUGCAAUGAAGUUAAUUAGAUGUUGUUGUAAUGACCUUAAAAGAUUUGCCCUUGUUUCUGAUCAUUCGAGGAAAAAUGUUUUUAGAUCCAUUAGUGUCUCGGCUUCAAAUUAUUUAAAAGAAAUUCAUAGGGCUGAAACUGAAAAUCAGAUUGUCGUUGAAGGAGUGAAAAUUAAAUCUGACAGAGAAGGACGUGUUAUCAAUAAUGCUUCACUACAAGGUUGUCCUUUAUGUAAAUUGGGAUUAAAAAACUUAAGGCACACAGAUAUUUUGAUACUUAGCCAGUUUAUUAAUUCUGACGGUUCGAUAAUAAACCAAAAUGUAACGGGACUUUGUAAUAAGCAGCACUUUAGAGUUGUGAGAGCAGUAGGCUUGGCUCAAAAAGCAGGUCUCAUCCCAAAAAAGCCUGGAACACCUAUGUUUGGAGAUUGGGAAAAGUACAAUACAUAUUUCAAGAAAUUUUAGAGUGUUAAAAAGAUGAAUAAAUAGUCGUUUUACUGGUUGUCUAACAA